GCAACGGGAAAGGGGAAUGGACCUGCAAACCUCUAGCUGAGAGAUGCUACGAUAACACUGCCGGGACAUCCUAUGUCGUUGGAGAGACCUGGGAGAAGCCCUACCAAGGUUGGAUGAUGGUGGACUGCACUUGCUUAGGCGAAGGCAAUGGACAUAUCACCUGUACCUCCAGGAAUAGGUGCAAUGAUCAGGAUACCAAGACUUCAUACAGAAUUGGAGAUACCUGGAGCAAGAAGGAUAACCGAGGAAACCUGCUUCAGUGCAUCUGCACUGGUAACGGCAGAGGCGAGUGGAAAUGUGAAAGGCAUUCAUCUGUGCAAACUCCUGGCAUUGGAUCUGGAUCCUCAACCUUCACAGAUGUACGAACUGCACUUUACCAGCCUCAGCCCCAGCCUCAGCCUCAGCCAUACGGUCACUGUGUUACUGACAGUGGGGUGGUGUACUCUGUUGGGAUGCAGUGGCUCAAGACGCAGGGCAGCCAACAGAUGCUUUGUACUUGCCUGGGCAAUGGUGUCAGCUGCCAGGAGACAGCUGUGACCCAAACCUAUGGUGGCAAUUCUAAUGGGGAGCCAUGUGUUCUGCCAUUCACCUAUGGUGGGAGGACUUUCUAUUCUUGCACCACGGAAGGUCGUUCGGAUGGACACUUCUGGUGCAGCACAACCUCCAACUUCGAACAGGACAACAGAUACUCCUUUUGUACUGAACAAAAUGGUAAGCUUGUCUAGAGAAAUGUAUUGGGA